GGAAUUGGUUACCAUACGGCAUGACUCGCUCUGUGCAGCUAGUCAUUAAAGGAACAUGAAUGUAAAUGACAUACAGAUGGGAGUAUAUAAGGUAGUUAUGCUUCUGAAUUCGUACCUCGAUGUGUCUCAGGCUCCCGCUCUUGCCGGACCAGACAACCCCAAUACCUCCUACACUGCCUUGUAUCAACUCGAAGUUACCAGACAGCUGGCUGCAACCAGACGAUGAUGUUAUUCACAACCGUCAUCCUCGGAAUCGCCGGCUUCUGCCAGGCCGACAUCCGCUGGAGCGGGGACGCCAUCUCCGUUCCUGGCCGCAUCAAGAAUCCGGAGGCCUUCGCGGCAGCCCACCACGGCGCCUUGGGUUCAUCGUCGUCUCCGGCCAAAGCAGCUCUCAAAAGCGGCAGUGGCUCCCCUGCCGACCCCCUCCAGGGCCGUGACCUGGACUUGUUUGAGAGGCAAACCUGUCCCCCGACCCAUCCAUUCCCGUGUCAAGGAAGAUGCUGUCCCAUUGCCGCUCCCAUUUGCUGUAUCGCCGUCAACGGAGGUUGCUGCACCUCGGCCAAGCCCGUGUGCCAACCGCACGGCUGCUGCGCGACAGGCACGACCGAGUGCCCCAACGACACGCGCACCUGCCGGAAGCCGGGCGAGACGUGCUGCGGCGACGGGACCACGUGCUCGUCCAGCCACCCCGUCUGUGUCCCCGGCGGCGGCUGCUGUCCGGCAGGCACGACCGGGUGCGGCCCCAUUGACCCGCUCGGGUGCAAGGAGCUGGACGAACAGUGCUGCGGCGCCGGGAGGGUGUGUCCCGUCUACGAGACGUGCUGCGGCACGGGGGCCUGCUGCGACCCGACCAAGCCCGAGACCAGCAGCCAGUGCUGUCCGGGAUCGUCGGCUGAUAAGGAUACGUGCUGUGGCGAGUACGAAGUCUGCUGUGACGGGUGGUGCUGUCCGGAGGCAUCGACAUGUAGUACUACCCCUGGGUAUUGCAAUGUUCCCGUUCUCGAAUUCGGAUACACACCCAACCACAUCAUCUCCGACCUGGUCGAGAACACUUGUCUCGGAAUAAGACGCCAGAUGGCGUUGGGACGUCCCGAGACAACGCCGAAUCAGCAAAUCCUGACCUAUUACGGACCCAACUCUCCCAACCGGGAACUAUCCGACUGCAGGAGAUCGCGUGGAUGCUGCACAGGCCGGACAGUCCCUGCAGGUGAGCCCGGGGCGGGUGACAACGCAACCUGCGACGAGUACCCGUUCAACUCGGCCGUCGAGGGCGGCGCGGACGCGCACGUCGCCUGUGUGAGUGAACACGCCAACGGCGCCGGGGGCGGUCUCAUUGCACGCAUGGUGAACGGCAAGCACCGUGGCUUCAAGUAUGCUCUGAGGGUGACGGGCAUUGACUGCACGACAGUUCAGGAGUCGGACGUCCACGGAUGCAACCCGUAAGUGAGGCGUUGCUUGAUGCGAUCGGCGAUUGCUGGAUAGGAAUCAAGCAUAGGAGGGCCGGGUCGAGAAGCCGCAGUGGAUGGCUCGGGAGCCAGGUGC